AUGGACUUCCAUUCAAUUUUAAACGAAUCUACUGCCUCAUCGGCUCAUGCCGAUGGUGACGAGGCAGCAGAGGCUUCUAAAGAAAGGAAAUGUAGCGUGCUAAUGUCACUCGCACUCAGCGUGGUCAAACGCGAGAGUGAAAAGGCAGUGCUGUUAAAGCUUAAAGGUUAUGAACGAGCUGAUAUAGAAAGAACACGAGGAAAGCACUCGGUUGUGUGUCGCCAUUGGCUUAAAGGGAUGUGCAUGAAGGGCGAGUUUUGUGACUUCUUACACCAACUUGUAUACUCAAGGAUGCCACCGUGCAGACUAUUCGAAAAGAAUGGGUUCUGUAUCGAUAAUCAACGUGGUAACUGUAUAUUUCAACAUGUUGUUGAACAACCAGAUUCCGGUGCAGCACAGGAUCCUAGGAUCAAAGAAGCUAUCGCAAAUGGUAUCAAUUUUGCCGAAAUAUCGCAUGAAACGGACCCUGAUGGAUUUGCCACUGCUUUUGUUCUAGCUGUGGCAACUGUCUUCCCGAAAAUAACAGAUUGUUCCAUAAUGGAAGAGGCAAUACCACCAUCACCUCAACCGCAGGAUCUUGGAGAACCUGCCGAGCCUGUGAUUGGGGCAACCACCGCUCAAGAUUACGAGGAACACGUAGAUGAGCCUGUUAUCAGUGCUUCAAUACCUGGGUUGCUUAAAUUAAGUAGCACGUCAAUGUUCGAAGGGGAACGCAGUUCAAACGCAUCCUUCGAUAUCAAUAGCAGAAAUACAAAGUGUUUCAUGAUAAAGAGUAACAACAUGAUGAACAUAUAUUUUUCUAUAUGUUAUGGGAUAUGGGCUACUGGUAUCAACAAUACAAUGAAACUGAUGAACGCUUUCCAACAGUGUGAGCACGUGGUACUCAUCUUCUCUGGGAAUGAAAGCGGAGGGUUCCAAGGUUAUGCGAAAAUGAUGACACUGCCCAUACCUGGACUUUAUAAAGGUAUAUGGGGGAGUUUCCAUUCAAGGCUCGGUGAAAAUUUCAGGGUUAAAUGGAUCAAGCAGUGUUCCGUGGAAUUCGAGGUGCUGAGGCAUGUCACCAACCAGUACAACCAGAAUCUGCCUCUUAAGAAAUCAAGAGACGGUACAGAGUUGCCACUAGAUGUUGCAGAAAUAAUAUGUAAUACUCUCUACAGUGCUCCUGAUGACGAUCUACUUAAAGGUGAGUUAAGAAAUGAGGUUAAUAAUGAACUGCAGGAACACCGAUGGCAACUUGGGAACGCAUCGACCAUUCGACUUAUUUCGACGAGCUAG